UCAAUAAAAUGCUCAGGCUAUGGCAAGUCAAUGUUUACGUAGAAUCUCACUUUACAAAGUUGUUUAUAUCUUGUUCUUCAUCUUUGGAUUACUGGUGGUGAUGAGUUAGCAUGUAUUCAAGUUAUAAUCAUUUAGCAUCAUUGAUAUUGCGUAUCAUCUUUUGUUAUAGGUGAUUGAAUUAAAGAAUUGUUUCAAGCAUUUCAUUCGCUAUGAAAUGUUUUAUUAAUGAAAACAGGAGACUAUGUUAUAUAUAAAGCGUAAAAUGUUAUGGAUGUCAGAUGGAAUUGUGCUGCUUUUUUUAAAUAUAAUUGUAACGAACAGAAUAUGGACUGAACUUUAUAAAAAAUAACCCCGCAAAAUGUACAUGAUCUUGUUGUUAUAUAUGUUGAGAAUUGUUUGUGCAUCAGUUAACUUACAUUUGGACAAUUUUGAAAUAGUGUAUUCAAUCUCCGCUGUGAAUGUUUGCCAUAAUGAGAUAAAAAGAUUUCAAGAAUUAUUUGGAUAUUCUAUUGAACAUUGUGUUAAGGCUUGUGCUGCAAGGAAACAUUGUUUGGCACUGAACUACAGGAGUAGAAUUAAUAUCUGUGAAUUAUUCACGACGUUCGACGCUGACCAACUAACAGCUGGGGAAUGUAUCCUCUUGUCUAAGGAAGACAUUGGUGUCAUGAAAAUGCCAUGUCUACAUGGAUGCAAUUUUGGAGAAGUAUGUGAACAAAAUAAAUAUGGACAUGGAAUGUGUGUUAUUAAAGAAUGUGUUAAUGGAACAGUUCCUGAACACGGUACUAUUCUCGGUAAUCAGAUGAAAGUUGGAAAAAAGAUCAGAUACAAGUGUGAUACUGGUUACAACGAGCCAAAUGUCUCCUUUACAACAGUUGCUGAAUGUUUAGAUACUGGUGCAUGGAGCUUCAACACCGAAUGUUUGAAAACUAAUUAUACUUGGGAUUCAUGGACCCAUUGGAGCACCUGUAGCUUAAGUUGUGGCUCUGGUAUUCAAACCAGAUCUAGGAGUUGUUCUAUUCGUAUAGAAGGAAAUGAUGAAUCACAAUGCCACAAGACGGAUGUUGGUGACGAGCAGCAAGCCUGCAAUGAUCAAAACUUGUCCUAG